AUGUUGCCAGUAUCCCAGUUUAAUGUGGCACAGCCUCCUGACUACAACAUGAUCCCUUACAGUCCCAAUAACUUCUAUCCUCUGCCUCAGGGGUACCAGGCUGCUGCUGCUGCUGCUGGGGGCAACGAUUUCCAGUAUGUGGGGCCGCAGUAUAACCGUAAUACGUACUUGCCCUCUAUUAAAGAUAUGUUGGGGGCGCCGGGACAGGUGCCGGCCAGACAGAAUGAUUAUAGCAACAAUAACAACGACUACAUAUAUGGGAAUCCGUACCAUUCGGUUCAGAGUAACGGAAAUGUGGUGCCUAUGCCUGGGAACGUUGUGUUCCAACAGCAGGCGUAUUAUUACAGCACACCAAACGGUGUUAUGCCUUACAUGCAACCUGUACCUGUGGCAGGUGAGACGAGGAUCCCAGAGAUGCAGAUGGUUCCCACUUCUGUUAAUGGAAGUGUGCCUCAACCUGCAGUCUCUCAACCUCCCAUGCCUCAACCUCCCGUUCAACCUGUGAAGAAAAUCACUCCCCCACCGCAUGAGGAGUUCCCCGUCAUCUUUGAACAAUUCCCUAUGAGCCCACUUAAGACUAAUAGCAAGGGGGUCAACAAACCGGCAACUACAACUAAGCUAAAGACAAAGAGACGUAGGAGGAGAAAGUCCAGUGCCAAAAACCCAAACAGAAACAUCAACUCGGAACUGACGGACCUCGUGGCAGGUAGCGAACGAAUACAGCAACCUCCGACCACGGGGCCACAACGGUAUAGGUCUCAAGCGGUACCCUUCAUCAAGUGUAAACACUGCCAGGAAACGGAGACACCAGAGUGGAGGAGAGGCCCCUACGGUAACAGGUCCCUGUGCAACGCCUGCGGCUUGUACUACAGAAAGCUGAUUAAAAGCUUCGAUACAAAGAACGGGAACCUCAUUAUGAGAUUCAACAGGAUGAUAAACCCUCAGGACAGGAAAGUGCCCGUCUCGAUACAUAUCCCUCGGAACAUCAUCAAACAACUGGAUAGAGACCCCACUUUAGAUGUCAACUAUUUCACCGUCGAUUAA